AGCUCUCGUUGUGGCACAACUGUGUUAUUCCGCUCGUCGAUUCGGUUGUUAAUGGUUUAAACUGGUGCAUUCGUGACAGGAUAGAUUGAUUUUCUUUCUUCUUCGUUCGGUGCAUAAUUUGUUUUACAGUGAACUGGCUUUGUCGCGAUCGGAAAAUAACUAAAUUCGCAGUUUAUUUGGAUUUAUAAGUGAUUUACUAUUCUCGCUGCUGUUCAUAAUGCAGUUAGCUAUCAUCUUAUAGAAAGUAAUACUGAUAAGUGCUUUUUAGGGUAUUUUGCGAAUGCGAUCUAUUAAUUACAUUCAUCAGAAUGUCGUCUAAGAAUGAGAAGGGACAGCAUAACUAGAGAAAAUAUACCAAAAUCAACGUUACGAUUUCAGUCGGGAAUAAAUUUAUCUGCAGAGAAAGUAAAAGAGAGAAACAAAAACCGCCAGUAAUAAAUUAAUUUGGCCGCAGUGCCAACGUAUUUGUAAGGACUAUUUUGUGUUCCACCUUUUUUUUGUUUUUUUUUCUCUACUUCUGAAUUAAUAUGGCGGAAAGUGUUCCCUAUGAAAAAAACGGACAGUAUGACAAUCUCAGAACUUCCCUGCCGGUUCCUAUGUUUUCACGUAGUGACUUCAACAUCUGGUCAGUGCUAAAGAAUUGUAUUGGAAAAGAACUAAGCAAAAUCACGAUGCCUGUCGUUUUCAACGAACCGCUGAGCUUUCUCCAGCGUAUGACAGAGUACAUGGAGUAUGCCAAACUGUUGCGGAUAGCCUCGGAGCAGCCGGAUCCGGUCGAGCGUCUCAAGUACGUGUCGGCAUUUGCCGUUUCGGCGCUGGCUUCCAACUGGGAACGGCUGGGCAAACCAUUCAACCCGCUGUUGGGUGAAACGUACGAACUGACACGGCCAGAGUUUCGUAUCAUCUGCGAACAGGUCUCCCAUCAUCCACCGAUUUCGGCAUUUCAUGCAAAUUCUGAGAGCUUCACAUUCCACGGUUCGAUUCAUCCAAAGCUGAAAUUCUGGGGCAAGAGCGUCGAAAUUCAACCGAAGGGUACGGUGACGGUGGAGUUCCCGAAGCUUGGUGAAGCAUACUCCUGGUGUAACGUGAACUGCUGUGUGCAUAAUAUCAUCGUGGGAAAACUGUGGAUCGAGCAGUAUGGUGCGAUGGAUGUUAUCAGUCACAAACAUGGCCUGAAGGCGACGCUCAACUUCAAGACUGCCGGUGUUGGAAAUAAGGAUCUACAUCGCGUCGAGGGAUAUAUAUCCGAUAGAAAUAAGCAGAGAACACAUUUUCUUUACGGCAAAUGGACAGAAUUCAUCAAAUGUACCGAUUAUGCUUCGUACGAAGAGUAUUGCAAGGAAAACGGCCACAAGUUCAAGCGGCCUGAAGAUCGCAGCAAAAGUCCCAAUGAAUCACCUGGAACUACUCCCCGAAAAGUUUUCUCCAAGUUAAACAGUCUCAAAAUGAGCUCGUUUAAGAGCCUAUCGAUAUCAGAACCCGACGACCCGCCAGAACUAUCCGGAGACGGAGAUAUUCCGAAGAGCGACUCUACCUACUCGAUAGACAUCCCCAAUUCAGUUGCCCUGUGGGAGGCGGAACCGCGACCUGGCAAUACAGCAGAUUACUACCAGUUCACUAACUUUGCCAUGUCGCUGAACCAAAUGGAGGACCACAUGAAGCGGCGGGGUGUGUGCCCGACGGACUCACGAUUACGACCUGAUAUUCGGAAGCUCGAACAGGGCGAUUUGGACGGAGCGGCAGCGGAGAAAACGAGAUUGGAGGAGAAGCAGAGGGACAAUCGUAAAAAGUGUAAAAAGGCAGACGAGGCACUCUUCCCGAGAUGGUUCAAACAGACGAUUAAUCCGCAUACCAAGCAGGACGAUUGGCUUUACCAGGGUGGUUACUGGGAACGUACCGACGAUACGAUGGUGAUGGAUAUUUUCUAAUCAUACGAAAAUCAAGUGAUCGACAGUAAGCCAGUUAGGGCAAGCAGCAUCAAUAUACCAUUCGCAUUCAUGUUUUGCAGUUACCGAACUACAAGUUGUAGUGUAUAGAAUCAACAAGAUGACAGUUACUUGUAUAUCUGUGCAUAUUUGAAAAUAACCACUGUAGGAGUUACCGUGAAAUAAUGAUACAAGACUAGUCCAUCUUUCCAUUUAGGACCAACCAUACGUACAUAUAGCAAGUAUAUAAAACCAUGAUACAAUGCUGUUGAAAAAUUAUCAGUGAUCGUAGUGAUUCCCUCUUUUCCAAAAGGCCCGCGAACAACAGUCAAUCAUUAAUACACACACACGCCGAUGCAUAUACAAUAGAAAAAGUGAGCAAGUGCCAACUGGUAGAUUUUGGCUUAAGCUCCCACAAAAGAUCCCAACCAAAAUGUUAUUGAUGUACAACCGAGUUAGUAACAACAGUAAAUGUUUUAGACCAACAAUCAAGAAUAGUUGAAAUAAUGUUAGUUUGUUGCAAGUUCUUUUGGAGACAUUAAAAAAAAAACAAGCUUAAAAUCAUAGCAAUAAAACUGUAUGCUUCCAGAACUAGGAACGUUGCAACUAUUUGAAACAUCGUUGAAUGAAUCGAUACUAUCUGCUUACUAUUUAUAACGUUUUUAAAACUCUCUUACACACUAAAUUUAUCUCGGCAAACUUCCCAACAGCCGAUGGAGCUCGGCGAAUUUUUUAACAAAUUUCAGCAAUAUAUUUCGACGAACAUUCAGCAAAUAUAUCGAUUUACCGUAAACCAGCAAGUAUUGACAUUUCAUUUGCCGAAGUUCUUGAGAAUUCUACCGUAAACUUGUAAAACAUUUCGCUGAAUUUAUUAGCUGUUGAGUUCUCGGCAAUAAAAUCUAAGUGUGUACCUUCGAUAUUUUUGAGUGAUUAACAGUUUUUGAAUUCGUUCGACACAGUUGACCUGCUGUAUUUUUACUUUUCUCUACAUUUUUAAUGAACGGUCAGUUACGUCAUUUAAAUUUUUUUAUAUUGUUCAAUGAAGGAAUGUUUAAUUUCAAGCUAAAAUUAGUAUCGAUUUCAUUCGAGAAUGAGAUACAUUGCAACAUCCGUAGUAUAAAAACCUACGAAGCGUAUUAUAAAUACCAAAACGAUGAAGUAGUAUGCCAUCGAACACAAUUCGACAAUAUCGUUUUAAAACUCGUUUAGGGAAACUAUAUAUACUUACUGACUUUUGUAAUUGAAAUAUUCGAGUAGAAAUGAAAAGAAAAAAAAGAAAAUCUGUUUAAUAUGUCAUGCUGAUAUUUCGAAAGAAUAGACUAUUUCGGCAAUACUUUCUUGUAUUGUACGAACGACAGUUUACUGGCACAAGCGUUGCUUUCCAAACAUGUCGCACCUAACCUGCCGUUACAGGGCUCAGUGUCCAGUUUCUAAAAGUGCUUAGUUGAGAUAACUUUUUUGGUUACAGCUACUGCUCUAGGACUGUAUGCUGGUGUGUCCACGCACGCCUGUUAUAUGAAGUUUCAGUGGAGUCUCGAGUAGUGGUAUAUCUAUACUUGACAUAUCAUUACUAAAACAGCAUUUAAAUUUCGCGACUAUAGUCCGUUUACUUUUAAUUAUGUUUGGUCUUCUCUUUGUUAUAAAUUGAUAAAUUUCCUUAGCCCUUGUGCUCCUUCGAGUAAACUGUUGGCAAAAUUAUAUGCAACUAAUUCAGUAUGAACUGAGUACAACAUUUAGGAACGUUUUUUAAUAAUUCUAGGUUCAAGUCAAUUAUCACACAUGGUAUAUAUAUAUUUCGAUAUUGGCUUGGCUUUAGCAGAGUAAAAAAACUUUUUCAUUCCAUCACAUACAUAAAACGGUGUAAAGCCGGCAUUGUGCAAGCGUAGAGCUUACCAGGCAGAACACGGACGUAUUUCCACUUUGAGCGGAACUAUAUUAUUUAUGAUAAGCGUCAAAUUACUAAAAUUGUCUUUUAAAACAAAAAACCGAACUGGCAUCUAGCUUGCGUCCAGCUGCGACCGCGAGCGAAUAUUCUAUACUGUUGAAUGAAAAAAAGCUGACAUCAAUAUCGUAUAAGAUAUUAGAAAAUAUAUAUAUAUAUAUUUGAAAUUGUCAAAACGUAUGCAAAACAAAUUGAUGUGAAAUAAAAGCCAUACAAAACUA